AUGGCCGCUCUCCGCUCUACCGCUUCUGCUCUCUUGGGCGCCGCCGCCGCGAGGCCUUCGCUUCGCAUGGCCGCCGCCGCCCCGUCUGCCUUCCGCGGCAUGGCCCAGCUCGCCGAUGCCGCCCAGCAGAACAACACGGCUUCCGAGCAGGCCAACCUCAAGACCUUCCAGAUCUACCGCUGGAACCCCGACCAGCCCUCCGAGAAGCCCAAGAUGCAGUCCUACACCCUCGAUCUCAACAAGACCGGCCCCAUGGUUCUCGACGCCCUCAUCCGCAUCAAGAACGAGAUCGACCCUACCCUCACCUUCCGCCGCAGCUGCAGAGAGGGUAUCUGCGGCUCUUGCGCCAUGAACAUCAACGGCACCAACACCCUGGCUUGCUUGUGUCGCAUCCCCAACGAGGACAAGGCCGACAUGAAGAUCUACCCUCUGCCGCACACCUACGUCGUCAAGGAUCUCGUUCCCGAUCUCACCCAGUUCUACAAGCAGUACAAGUCCAUUAAGCCCUACCUGCAAAGAGAUACCCCUGCCCCAGAUGGAAGGGAGUAUAGACAGACCAAGGCGGACCGCAAGAAGCUCGACGGUCUUUACGAGUGCAUUCUCUGCGCGUGCUGCUCGACCUCGUGCCCUUCAUAUUGGUGGAACUCGGAGGAGUACCUCGGCCCCGCCAUCCUUCUCCAGUCCUACAGAUGGCUUGUCGAUUCCCGUGACGAGAAGACGCUCCAGCGCCAGGAUGCCCUUAACAACUCGAUGAGCUUGUACCGCUGCCACACCAUUCUCAACUGCACAAGGACAUGCCCCAAGGGUCUCAACCCCGGCCAGGCCAUCCAGUCCAUCAAGAAGCAGAUGGCUUUUUAAAUUUAAUGUGGUUUGGGGGUAACGGGAGAGCGGGAAGAGGUGGUGAUGUAGAAACGGGAGUUUGGGAUAUGAAAAAUAAAAGAACGACCUGGGUGGGUGGUGCGUGGUUCUUUUUUGUCUAGUCCGCAGAAAGGGUUUACUCGGGGACAUGCUUUUUUUUAACUAGACAUGUGUAAACUUGUACCUUUGUCUCCUGCAUGGUUGGAGUUUCACUUUGUCAGAGUAACAGCAAUGGAAAUGCUUUCUUGUUCAACUCUUUGAUAGGUUUUCGUUUUGUUUUUGUUUCAGGGGUAAUGCAGUCAUGAAAUACGGAAACGAUGGGUUUUUUCCUCCAAGAUGAUCAAUCUUUUGAUUUAAGUUAUGGAAAGGAAAGAAGUAGUA